AUGGGGCUUUCUGUCACUGUUAAAGACGGCAGAGCUCUUGCUGUUGGGGGAAUGGGAGCAGACCUCCUGCCUAGAAGUGUUCUCCAGCAGUACGACCUUCGCAAGGACAUGUGGGCGCUCCUUCCGCCCAUGCCCACCCCGCGCUACGAUACCAGCAUCUGCCUACUGGGCUCCAAAAUCUACGUGGCAGGUGGACGUCAGUGUAAGCGUUUGGUGAAGGCGUUUGAAGUCUUUGACAUAGAAAGCCGCACCUGGUCCUCUCUACCCAGCCUGCCCUGCAAGAGAUCUUAUUCUGGGGUCUUAUGGGACAGCGCCGGGCAUCUCUGCUGGUUAGGAGGGCUCAGACAAGGCGGAAUACACCAAAGUUCAAAGUUUACCAAGAAUGUUAACAUCUUCGACACCAACCAAGGAACUUGGUUGAAAUCAGAGGACACUGUACCCUUGAAAACCAAGCGAGCAGACUUUGCCGCAGCCAUAGUGCGAGGCAGAAUGAUCGUGGCGGGAGGUCUAGGCCAUCAGCCAUCAGUGCUGGACACUGUUGAAGCCUUCCAUCCCCAAAAAAGAAAAUGGGAGAGGCUGUCGCCUAUGUCGAUGCCGCGUUGCUCUGCCUCCAGCAUCGUGAUCCGUGAUCGCUUACUGGUAGUAGGAGGUGUCAAUCAAGUCCCAAGCUCCGCCCACGAGAUUCUAUAUGUAAAAGAGGAGGAGAUUCUUUAACCAUAGAA